AUGACGUACGCAAGAAAUGCGACCGCUCCCAAGGACGGCGACCUCUGUUACCGGGAGGUCAACUGGAUUGAAUCAUGGAUGAACGAGCCAGCCAACAAAGUCGCGCUUGGCGUCGACCCGAGCCGCAACUUUGCCUCGUGCAACAUGGAAAUCAACCAAGCCUUCCUUUUCCAGGGCGACGGCGGACACAACAGCGCGGAGCUCCUGACGGACCUCGUCAACGGUGGCGUCAGGCUGCUCAUAUAUGCAGGCAACGCGCACAUGAUGUGCAACCUGUACCAUGGAUAA